AUGGCAAAAAAGCAAAUAUGGCAAAAACGCAAAAAUGGCAUAAACGCAAAUGUGGCAAAACCGCAAAAAUGGGAAAAACGCAAAUAUGGGAAAAACGCAAGAAUGGGAAAAACGCAAAUAUGGGAAAAACGCAAAGAUGGGAAAAACGCAAAUAUGGGAAAAACGAAAAUAACGGAAAAAGGCAAUUAUCGGAAAAACGCAAAUAUCGGAAAAACGCAAAUAUCGGAAAAUCGCAAAUAUCGGAAAAACGCAAAUAUUGGAAAAACGCAAAAAUGGGAAAAACGCAAAUAUGGGAAACAUGCAAAUAUGGGAAAAAUGCAAGUAUGGGAGAAGAUAAACUUGUGGUUCACGAAAUAUAUGAGAAAUGCAAAUAUGGGAAAAACGCAAAUAUGGGAAAAACGCAAAUAUGGGAAAAACGCAAAUAUGGGAAAAUCAAAAAUUGGGGAAAAACAAAAUUAUGGGAAAAACUCAAAUAUGGGAAAAACGCAAAUAUGGGAAAAACGCAAAUAUGGGAAUAAACGCAAAUAUGGGAAAAACGCAAAUAUGGGAAAAACCAAAAUAUGGGAAAAACGCAAAUAUGGGAAAAACGCAAAUAUGGGAAAACCGCAAAUAUGGGAAAAACGCAAAUAUGGUAAAAACGCAAAUAUGGGAAAACGGAAAUAUGGGAAAAACGCAAAUAUGGGAAAAGCGCAAAUUUGGGAAAAACGCAAAUAUGGGAAAAACGUAAAUAUCGGAAAACCACAAAUAUGGCCAAAACGCAAAUAUGGAAAAAACGGAAAUAUGGCAAAGACGCAAAUAUGGAAGAAACGCAAAUAUGGCAGACACGCAAAUAUGGCAGAAACGCAAAUAUGGCUGAAACGCAAAUAUGGGAAAAACGCAAAUAUGGCAAAAAAGCAAAUAUGGCAAAAACGCAAAUAUGGCAAAAACGCAAAUAUGGCAAAAACGCAAAUAUGGCAAAGAGGCAAAUAUGGCAGAAACGCAAAUAUGGCAAAAUCGCAAAUAUGGCAAAAACGCAAAUAUGGCAGAAACGCAAUUAUGGCAAAUAAGCAAAUAUGUCAAAAACGUAAAUAUGGGAAAUUCGCAAAUAUUGGAAAAUCGCAAAUAUGGGAAAAUCGCAAAUAUGGGAAAAUCGUAAAUAUGGGAAAAUCGAAAGUAUGGGAAAAAUGCAACUAUGUGAGAAGAUAA